ACAUCAGUUUACUUAUUCUGUGUGAAUCAAAUUUUAGCAGUUCAUGUAUUCUCGACCUGCCCUUGCGCAAUCUUAUUUCUUAAAACUCGCUUACUGCUUAAUAACAGAAACACCCAUAAAAUACUUUGCGAAUGAUGGCAUCAUAGUAUAAUGUAGCUGAUAUUUAGCAGGAAAAUUAAAAGGCCAUUAAAAAAAAUUCUAAACAAUGGCAAAAACUUAGUUCUAAAAUUAGGGUUCUUUGGCUUGUAACAACAGCAGAACCCUUUUCGGUAAAGUUUCAUAAAGAACCAUGCUGUGCUAUAUAGGACCUUAAUGGUGUUAUAAAUAACCUUUUUUUUUUAAAUUAAUAUUAGUAUCUUUACAGUUACAGUUCACAUUAUGAAAAAACAAUUGUGUUUAUGAAGGCCAAAAUUAUCAAAAACGGACAGUAUGUGAGCCCAAAGUCAUGGGAUAGCUUUAUUUUCUUUUGUAACUGGGUAUGUUUAUGCAUAAAGUAAUAAUUUAAAAAUAUAUAUAUAUAUAUGGAUCAUAAAUUUAAUAUCUCCAUUACUUACUUUGUGGAGAAGAGAAGAUGAGUAUCCGUAACGGAACUGAGCUGCUCACACUUACAUGUUCUGUUAAACUAAAGACAGAAAAAGACAUGACUGGUAGGAAACCAGUAACAACUUGAAAGUUAAAACUUAUAGACAUUUUAAAAAAAAAUUAAUGUAGGCCUACCUGAUGAGAGUGUGUUUACAGUCUGUGUAAUUGGAUUUGGAUGGCUACUCAGCUCCAGAAAAUCAGUAAUGAGGCAGGCUAUGGAUUUGAAAAACAAAAAGGCGGGAAAAAAGAACCCUAAACUCUAACACAAAGAACUAUUUCAGCAUAUUAACGGUUCUUCAAGACGACACGGUUCUAAAUAGAACUGUUACUACAUGUAAAGAACCUUUAAAGAACCAUAUCUUUUAGAGUGUAGGUAAUGAACAUAAAAUUGUAUACAUAAAUAAACAAAAUUCUGUCAUUAUUUACCCACUAUCAUGUUGUUCCAAACCUGUAUGACUUUCUUUCUUCUGUGAAACACAAAAGAUGAUGUUUUGAAAAAUGUCUCAGUGCUCAGUCCAUAAAUUGAAUAUUAAUAGGGUCCAAUGUUAAUAUCUAUCUUUGUGUUAUGCAGAAGAAAGAAAGACAUGCAUGCUUUAAACCACACAAGAGUGAAUAAAUGACUGUAUUAGUUUUUUUUUUUUUUUUGGUUCAAACAUCCCUUUAAGUUUGCUUAUUUAGGUUGCACAAAAUAAAAAAAUAAAAAUAGUAGAGCAGAAAAUAAAUAACUCAGAGCAUAGGGUUGAUUUCUAAACGAACCUGACACAUUUUAGACACAUUUUAGCCACUAACUUUAAGUAUGCACUCUAAGUAUGCAGAAAGGUGGCGUACCCAUUAGUUGGCAUCAUGACCUCAAAAAAGGGGUUAUUAAAUCUAUAUCUUUUCAAGAAACAAGGACACCGUUCCGGAAACAUUUGAAACUACAGCCCACUUCUACAAUUUCAAUCUGUGCAAGAUAGCCACACUAAAUCUGUAAUGACUACACCAAAUCUGAUGCUGGCGCACGCUGCGGCGUUAAAAUAAAUUUUCACUUCCUUUGAAUGAUCACGAAAAAAGUCCCUUGCUCAAGACUGUCCGUGUGAAUCAUUUCAGUUAACAUUUGUGAAACACCUCUGAGACUCACAAAUAGGCAGUGAUUUGUUGGUUAUACGUGCCAACUGCAUUGUACGUAGCCUACCUGCUGAAGUAGCAUGUUUGGAAAGUCUAUAACAUGGCCUCACACUUCCUGUUCACAGAACUGCACUCAAACAUAUGCGAGGGUGUUAAGAAGCAUCACUUUUCAGAGGCGAAGAAAAUAAUCAUGAAUGAGUCACUAGAGGACGUCAUCAAAAUGGACAAAGCCACCUUGGCCAUGUUUGACAACAAAAUAGCCAGUCAUAUUGUGUCAGCCAUCUAUGUUAUUGUGACUCUAGCCAACCUCAGCGGUAACAGCAUCUCUCUGUUUCUGCUGCUGAUGCGCACCUCUCCGAAAUCGCCCUCCAUCAUCUUCAUGAUCAACCUCACCCUCACUGACCUGAUACUAGGCACUGUGCUCCCCUUUCAGAUUAUGUACCAAAUGCAAGGCCACAACUGGACUCUGGGUACGGGCAUGUGCAAUGUCCUGACUGUGGUAUUCUUCGCCAACAUGUACUGCUCCAUUUUAUCCAUGACUGCUAUUAGUGCCGACCGCUACCUGGGGAUUGUGAAACCGAUGCGCUUCAGAGAGAUGAGGAAGAGGAAAAGAUUUGCAAUUCUUGCCUGUAUAUUCAUGUGGCUGCUAGUCCUCGCCAUUCUGAGUCCGCUGGAAAAAACAAACCUGACAUAUUAUGUAAGAGAGCGCAAUAUUACCACAUGUUUUGAUGUAUUGAAGAAGGACAUGCUCCCUAGCAUUGCUCACUGGGCGGGAUUCCUGUUCGGCAUGUUCAUCAUCCUCUUCCUCUGUCCGUUCAUCAUAACGGUGUAUUGCUACAUUAACAUCAUCCGUGUCCUGGUCAAAAGGACCAACAGUCAUCAGAAAGGCCGUGCUGUGCGCCUGGCUUGCAUUGUCCUGUUUGUGUUCAUCUUUUGUUUUGCUCCCAAUAACAUAUUACUAUUGGUCCACACAAUAACAAGGCUGUACUUUGACAAAUCUGUCUAUAUCUACUACAAACUCUCACUGUCUCUUAGCUGCAUUAAUAGUUGCAUAGAUCCAUUUAUUUAUUAUUUUGCAUCUAAAGAGUUUCGUCGGAAGCUAAGGCAAAUUCUGCGGUUGCAGACGCUCAGCACUGGUGAGACUCAAAUGAUUGAGGGUCACAGAGAAAGCAUUUUCUCUGGACGUUCAAUGAACAAUGCAAAUGAAGACUGUGACAAUUUUUAACUUUUUACAUUUUUUUUUUUGUUUGUACUAUUACUUUUGGUCUCUGCUACUUUUGUGUUGGAGGAGAGAAGAAUAUGUGGGAAAUGUCAUACGAAUCAGAAAAUGUCAUGAUUCAAACUCGCACUGUUGCUUUAUGUGUCAGAGCACAAGUGCUAACCGCUAGGCCACGGCUCUGACAAAACUUGUAGCUUUUAGAAGAAUCUAUUUAAAUCAAAUGAAUAGAAAGGACCACUUCCCAUAUUUUGUUUUCUUUUUUUUUUUUUUUUUCUCUGGGAAAGUUUCUAUUUUGUUCUGUGCUGAUUUCCUAAUUGAGCAGCUGAGAAAAAGCAUGCUGCUCACAUUGGUUUCAGGUCACGUGAUAUUGUGUAUCUUUGUUUUUUAUUUGGUAUCAGACAUCCAACAUCCUCUUACUGAAAAGUUAUGCAUAUUCUUCAUACAUUGCUAUGUGGUUAGACUUAUGUAUCAACUUUAGUACUUCCAAAUCUGAAUGAAAAAAGUAUAAAGACUUAUUGUGGCAGCUAUUUUUGAUCUAUGAAUUAUUUUUAGACUGUAAAUGCGGUUGUUUUUUGUUGUUGUUUCUUUCCCAUGAUUGAGCCGAGGUGUUUCAAUAUUUAUUUCACUUACGCUGUUUAUAAUGUGCAUGCAUUUUUACAUUCAAUUGUUUAGUUACCUGUUUCUUAUUCGUAUUGCUAACAUAAUUAAACUUUUUUUCUAUUGUAACAAAGUAUGCAAUGUCAUAUGAGAGCAUUUAUUAUGUCAAGUUAAAUUUAAUAAAUACACUUGAGUAAAUAA